UCAAAACAAGCCUGCUUGCGCAGAAUUAUGUAAAGCGAUCUGGUUCUGGUUCUCCUCCAAAAAUUGCCUUGGUUCGUCCCGGAACGGGCAGUAGUGUGAUUAAAUGAUUAUCCGGAAGAGCGCCAGGGUUAAGAAAUUACUCGAUCUAUGGCCCGGUAAACGUGCACUCGGUGUGUACCGGUUUCUGCCGAUUUUCUUCGGACUCGGAGCUGCCCUCGAGUUUUCCAUGAUUCACUGGCGUGUUGGAGAGACCAAUUUCUAUAACACGUUCAAAAAGCGGCAAGCGAAGGAUAUCGUUGCGGAGAGACUCCGCUUGAAUGAGCUAGAACCGAUCAAAGAUUAGUCCACAGUCAGCACCAUGCCGGCCGGUGUACCGCUCCGUCAGUACCUUACCUUCACGGCAGCCGCUUUGCUGUCGAUGUUCUGUGGUUCGCAGGUAGUGCACAAUUACUACCAUCCGCUACGUGAUCUUAACUACUAUAUCGAACGCGAAAUCAAAAGCCAGCGAUUACGUGAAGUCGUGCCACAACCCGGCGGUGCUGCGAAUAGUUCGAAUGAAGUUAGGCAAUAAAUAGGCAGCCCUUUGGCUCUUGUAAAAGUCA